GUUGAUCGAAAAUGUGACGAUGUGAAAAAUAUUGAUUUUUAAACAAGCGAAACGAUCGGUAAAUAUCGACGUAAAAUAGAUAAACCGCACCGUUUUAAGUGUUUUAGUUACGUAAUUGUCACUGAAAUGAAAGUCAUCAACACCACUUUUUUUUUUAAUUGUGUGCACUUUAAAUACAAUUCAAGUUUGUCUCAAGUGCAAAGCGAUCCAAGUUCGCGCGCGAUGCAACUGCAUUUGAAAGAUUCUCAUGAAUAAUAGUGCAAGGGGACCCAAAGUACGAUUCGAGACUUCAAAGUGUAGUAACGAAUUGUUAAUAACUCUAAUAACAAUAAAUUAUAAACGUCCAUUUUAAUUACACGCGUUGACAUACUGAUUAAAUUAAUGGACUUUGUUUAUCUGUUCAGUUUUUAAUGGAAGAAAUGUUUCGCUUUGAUGUUACCAAACAAACUUUAUUGUGACAAUAUUCUUGUCAUUUUCAAGUUCAAUUUCAAUUUUCGUUUUAAAUCAGAGUUAAAGAGUCUGAUUUUUUCCUUUCUAGUGCAGUUAAGUUCGCCUUGAGUCUAGUCUUCACUCACACCUUGAUAAUGAACUAGAUAAAAGCCGUGUAGACCGAAAAAAUCGCUUAAUCUCGUGUGAGUUAAUCAAAUCAUCCAGUUUCCCAAGCGUAUAAUCGCGUGCACGCCCACCGUUCAUCUUUUCCGUUCAAUAUUCAAAUUUCCCAUCACAGCGGCAUGUUUGUGAAAACAAUGACCGAUACCUUAAAACUUUAAUCCAAUUUCGUCCGGUAUAAAGCCACCAUCACACUCAUUGCAUCAGCAAAUCCUGAAAAAGUCUCCAACAAGUCCGAAUUUGUGAUUUGGCGUAAAGUGAAUUAACGAGGGGUCAAAUGGUGCUUCACCUCCGACUUAAUAACAAGCAUUUGCUCGGAUAACUAAGUUGUUAUUGUAAAACAUGAAGUAAAUGUCAAGCAACACCAUGGCCAUCAGAAGAACUUACAACAUGAAGUCCACGAGGUGUUUGCCCAAGUGUUUGUGUGCGUUUGUGGUGUCGGUGGUUUUUAUUGUUUUCGGUUUGGUACUUCCGUUUAUUUGGCCAAUGAUUUUGAAAUAUUUAAUCGAGAGUAACAUGGUGUUGACGCCGACUUCGCACGCUUAUGAUAUUUGGAAAAAAUUCCCGACUUCGUUCCCCAUCGAUUUUUAUUUCUUCAAUUGGACUAAUCCCCAGGAUGUGUACAACAAUUCGGUGAAGAUGAGGUUUCAAGAAAUGGGGCCUUAUCGAUACUCCGAGACGAAAGAAAAGACCGAUAUCGUGUGGAAUAAAAACGGGACGGUUUCUUUCAGACAUUUGAAGUUUUGGUAUGAAAAUCGGGCAAAAGGGGAUAUCAACGACGAAAUCACCACUGUAAAUCCCGUCGCCUUAUCAGCUGCCUACUCUGCACGCACGUGGAGCUACCUAGUCCGCCAAGGCCUCUCCCUAUCCCUCUCCAGCAUGUCCCCGACUGUCCACAUCACCCGGUCCGUCUCCCAGAUGCUUUUCACGGGGUACAAAGACCCUCUCAUCACUCUCGCCCGAUCUUUACCAUUUCUAUCGGCCUCUCUGCCACCUUGGGACAAAUUCGGUUGGUUUUAUACCAGAAACGGAUCGGCGCAUUACGAAGGCAUCUUUAAUAUGGGAACUGGAGUAAACUCGACUUUUGGUAGACUAUACAGCUGGAAUUAUUGGACACAAACGCCGUAUUUUGAGGGAACUUGUGCCAUGGUUAAUGGUUCAGCUGGGGAAUUUUUCACCAAGCUUGAUAAUAAAUCCAUUAGCUUUUUUUCACCGGAUUUGUGCCGGACUAUGACUCUUAGAUACUCCGGGCAAAGUGUCGUCAAUAACAUACUAGGGAACAAGUACGUCGUCGACAGUUACAUGCUUGAUAAUGGUACGAUUUUCCCGGAAAACCAGUGUUUCUGUAACGGCGAAUGCGUGCCUUCUGGUCUAGUCAACGUUUCGAGUUGCCGUUUUGGCUCACCAUCAUUCGCAUCACUGCCACAUUUCUACCAAGCAGAUUCCUACUAUACCGACUCAGUCGAGGGCAUCCGUCCGGAAAAGUCCAAACACGAGUUUUUCCUAACCCUGGAGCCUACCACCGGAAUUCCAUUGGAAGUCAGCGCCCGUCUCCAAAUUAAUCUCCUAAUGCAGCCCGAUUCCGGAAUAUCACUGUACAAAGGCGUCCCGAAAGUUUUCGUACCUAUACUGUGGUUCGAACAGAAAAUUCGAAUUCCGGAUGGUGAAGCUUUCAAGUUGAGAUUACUCCUCAAUCUUCCGGUGAUCUGUACGGCUUUAGGGAUUAUUCUUGUGUUUGCUGGUGUGAUUGUUUUGUCACUUCUUGUUUAUAAAUUAUGCACGAUGAAUAUGUGCGGGAGGAGGAAAGAAAAAUUGUUGUACGCCGAUCAGAGUGUUCCACUCAGAAUUGAUCGAUCGGUGGAAAUCGUUAAAAAAAUUUAAAAUAAAUCGUUUGUAAUCGAAUUGUUAUUUAUAAUAAAAAAGUUAUUAUUAUUAUUUGUUAUGUUAAUAAAGUUUUAUUUAUA